AUGGUGCUCAGAGUAUUUCAGAACAGGACCCGGGUUCUGAUAAAGCAAGAAAGAAGAAAGCAGAAGGAAUACUUUGAAAGGAAUAAGUUAAAAUCAAAAAUGAAAUUACUAGGUGUUUUCUCACCUGUCAAGAACCCCUCCGUCAGUUUGGACCUCCUUAACCUGUAUGUGGUAAAUCAGAUAUCGUCCAAGAAGGAAACAUCUGAAACCAUGAAAAGACCAACUCACGUGAAUAUGAAUAGAGAUUUGAAAAUCCCACUAAGAAAACAUGACUUAGAACUUCCAAUGUCACCUCACUGUGUGCCUUCCAAACUGUGCAUCGAUGAUAUGGAGAACAGUGUACCCUAUCAAAGAUUCUAUAGAAAGGAAGAAACUGGCCCAGUUCAAUCAUCACAAGACAUGAACUCAUAUAGAAUGUUCAACGAGAUGGGAAACUGCAGUUAUAGUCCACCAUCUUUUCCAGAAGAAUUCCCUCCUAACAGACAUAUUCCAGGCCAACAUUCCACCCCAAGACUAGCUCCAAGUCCUCGGCAGUUUGCAUGUGAAAACCCCCACCAUGGGCAGUUCAGCAAUGAAAAAUUUCCUGAGGCCUUAUUUUCCAAAUUAAAUAAACACCAAAAUGUUUUAAGUUCAUCUCAGAAAACAGUGGAGUUUGGAGUGUCAUUUGAGAGAAGAAACAGUUCAGAAACUGGUGAUUUCCUUACUAAGAGAUCUGUGAUUGUGGGUGAAGAUUGUGGAAGCCAGUGUGAAAGAAGACAGCCAGACUUUGCUAUGGCAAAAACCUCAGUGCAACAGAGUUAUGCAAAUAAUGGAGAAGAAUUCUCUAAUUUUCUUGAAGAUGUGAUCUACCCAACUCAGAGACAUCUUCCAGACAAUCACAACUCUUUUGUUAGUCACAACAUGAUUGAUUUGUUAAGCAGAGAUCAGCCUGGGAGACGGCCGACCUUUACUAAAUGUGGUUAUGACAGCCUGACUGAUGCCCAGGUCGUGUCUUCUGAUGGAAGCCGUUCCAGCAGUGGGUUCAUUGACAGGAGGGUUACAGGUCCACAGGCCGCUUCUCCUAAUCUUCCUUUCAAUACGAGUUACACGGAAACUUGUCAGUCAAACUGGCCCUUCCAGAAGGAGUACAACAGCAAUGAAAUAAAUGAGCUUAGAAGGUCUUUUGAGAAAGACUGUUACCCAGUCAGCUGUGGAAGAAAAGGAAAAAUCGAAAGUGAUAACCAGUUGAAAGCACUGCAGAGAAAUGCCCAGGAGUACCCAGUGUACAUGAUGGCUGAUAUUCCUUUGGAAGAAUUACAUCGUAAACAGUCAUGUGAUUUUGACCAGAAUGAGAUACCAGUGGAAAGAAGAGGAGUGUGCCCUUUCAAAGGGAGGCCAAUGACUACUAAGAAAAUCUACUUGGAGUCUUCGCAAAGCAGCCAGUCUGCCAGUUACUCUCCACAGCCGACCGAGAGCACGUUCAGCUCCAGUUCUGACUUGAUAUCCGAAGAUGAAGAUCAGAUACAACAGAAAAUUGAAGAUUCAAACAAGAAAGCCACAGAAACAACUGAUCAUUGUGGCCUAGAAAAGAUGGAAGAUCAUUUAGAUGACAUAUCUCUGAAAGACUGUGCCAAAGUUCAUGAGCAGAAUCAUAAAUUUCACCAGUCCUUAGAGAAAAAUAAUACUGACUCGUUUCCAGAGUCUCAGUGCACUUCAGAGCACACACCACAAAACAAACGCCCUGAUACCUGCCUGCUUCGGGCGGGGAGAUGUGAUGUGGGUGUACAGACAGAGGGAGCACCCAUCGUGGGGAACACAGCAGACACUGCUGUGCAGUGCACCAUCAUUGCAUGGUGCUCGUGUAAGGGUAGUCCCAGCACUGAUACAGAAGAGGAGUCCCCCCAUCCUGAGGCUGGCAGCCACGCUGAAGAUAAGAGGGCAGAUACCACUGGAGGGCAGGGAACGCCUAUCUCCUACAGCCUUGCUCACCACACCAUCCUUGUGUCUCAGCAUCUGCCUGCCUCAGGCACUCCCUGGGAAACUCUGGGCAACACAGGCCCGGGGAGCAAACAGGCCGGGGGAGCAAACAGGCCAGAGGACCAAGUAGAGAGAGAAGCAGUCUGCCAGCAGCUGUUGCUUAACACCAAGGAAGGCACGGAACAGCAGGAGCCGGGGCGCGACAAUGCAGAGUCUGGUGUGGACCUGACCCUGGACUACAGCUGA